AGCGCCCGGGCCCAGCAUGUAAAAGCGGCCCCGAGCGGCCCCGCUGCCCGUCGCCUGCUGCCGCCUGCUCCCGUUCCUCCUCAGCACCCGCACGGCUGCAGCGUCAUGGCAGAGCCCGGCGCCAGCCUGCUCCUGCUCCUGGCUCUCAUGCCAGCUCUGCUCCUGGCUGUCAGGAUCAACAGCAAGGGCCGGGAGGUGCUGUACCUGGCCAAGGGUGACUCGGUGAAGUUGGGCUGCCCCUAUGUGCUCGAACCCGAAGACAACGGUCCCCAGGGCGUGGGCAUCGAGUGGAUCCAGAUCACGCCCGAGCGCACCGGCCCCGAGAACGUGUUCCUGUCCUACCAAGACCACCACGUGAACUACGGCAGCGGUUCGGGGCUGCAGGACCGCGUGGCCUUCGUGCAGACCGACCCCAGCCAACACGAUGCCUCCAUCCGCCUGGCGGACCUACAGGUGUCGGACACAGGCACCUACCAGUGCCGGGUGAAGAAGAACACCGUGGCCGUGCACGAGGUCAUCGUCACCGUGCAGGAGAAACCGGUUACCCCGCAGUGCUGGACCGAGGGGGAGCAGAUCGAGGGCGGCAGUGUCCUCCUGCGGUGCUACAGCCGCGGGGGCAGCUCCCCCCUCGCCUACCAAUGGGCAAAGCUGGCGGAUGGAUACGGCGGCGGCCGCCUGCCCUCCGGUACCAUCCAAGGACGAGCUCCCGGGGACCUGUUCAUCCGGAGCCUGUCCGAGGCUCACGCCGGCGUCUACCAGUGCCGAGUCACCAACCGCGUGGGGUACUCGGUGUGUCAGCUCAACCUCAGCCCGGCUGCAAGCUGUGGUCCCACCGUAGGGGGGCGGCAGGCAGGCAUCAUCGUGGGCUCCAUCCUGGGCUCGCUCCUGCUCCUGAGUCUCCCUGCGCUGCUCAUCUGGGCGCUGAUCUGCCGGUACCGGAGGAAGGAAUGCCAGAGAGCCUGCAGCGACUGCCGGAGCAGCACGGGCGGCACCAUGACCCGGCCCUGCAACGUCUGCGCCCACCACAGCUACUCGCCCCACGGCAUCAGCUACAUGCAGUGCCAGCACGGCGAUGGCGACGAGAGAGCGGCCGCCCUCAUCUGCAAUGAGGGCAUCCGGCACCAGGUCACCUGCCCGGCGCUGUAACCAUCACCAUCACCAGCACCACAUCCCACCGGCCCCAGCCCCGUCCAGCACCAGCCCCGCACCGAUUCGGCACCAGCCCCGCACCGAUUCGGCUCCGCUGCGGGAGCAUUGAAGUCGGGAAUCCCGGAGCCUCCGCUCGGCUCCGUUUGGGUUUCCUUUAACGUUUUAUUGGCUAUUUUGCCCCGUUUUUUACGUCCCCCCCCCCCCCGGCUCCACCGCAGCCGGACCAAGCGCUUGUGGUGUCGGGCGGCCCCGAAUCGCCCUGGGAAGGGGGGGGGGAAGGGGGGAGGAGUCUCCCGGUGGCCCCCCCACCCUCACAUUGGCUUUAGCAAGCGGGUGUCUCCGGUGAGGAGCCGCCACCGGCACCGGCAUUGGCAAAAGGCACCAGGAAAAGACAAAACGGAACGAAAUUAAUCGGGAAAAGAAAUAAAGUCAAAGUGAAUCCAGA